AUGUCGUGCCAGCAGGCCAGGAGUUUGAUUUUCAAGAGCCUGAGCAUCAAGACCAAUAUAUUGAAAAUGAGACCCACCACCUGCUGCCUCCCAACAUCGACACUGAGUUCUGGGGUCCAGGAGACUACCUAUAUUGAAACUCUUCAUAAGGCACUUGAUGGUAAUCCCUGUCCUUGUGAUGCACAUGGUACAUUCCUUCCGCCUGGAAGUGCCCCAGAGCCUCCCCCCGAAAAGAUGCCCGAUGACUGGACCCCAUUCCGAAAUUGCACUGAAUUCGAGACAGCCGAGUUUUUCUUCAUUGAAAAUCAGACUCCUGCAACUCAGAUCAACAGAUUGCUUGAUUUGUGGGCUUCGACACUCACUAAACACAACAAUAGACCUCCGUUUGCCGACCAUCGUGAUCUCUACAAGACUAUCGACAAUAUUCCAGUCGGUGACCGACCAGAUGUCGCACCGCCCUGGAUGGAUCAAACAUUUGAUGUCGUUCGGAACAUGCUCAGAAACCCUGGACUAUGUAAAAGAGUUCGAUUACUGCCCAUAUCAGCGAGUUUUCAACUGAUGGCAACUGUCCGGCAAUGGAAGGACUUUAUGUCCGGUGCAUUGGGCCUGGGAUCAAGUCAUAAUGUCCAUGUCGCAACCGGAAAUAACGAGUAUUACCCUCUCUAUGCCUCCAUAGGAAAUGUUCGCAACAAUGCCCUUGCUAUUAUUGGAUUUCUAGCUAUACCUAAAACAACGAAAGAACAUGCUUCUGAUCCAAAGUUCCACAAGUUUCAUUGUCAAUUAUUUCAAUCGUCCCUCGCCAAGAUUCUUGAGAGGCUUCGGCCUGGUAUGACAAAGCCUGAAGUGGUGCGCUUUGGCGAUGGUCACUUUUGGCAUGUCAUCUAUGGUUUAGGACCUUACAUCGCUGAUUAUGAGGAGCAGGUGCUGUUGACCUGUAUCGUUCAAGGCUGGUGUCCAAGAUGUCUAGGAUCACGCAAUAAUUUGGAUGAACCAGCUAGUGGGCGCUUUCGCGAACAUACAGAAGCCCUCGUCGAAGAAGCAGCCCUUGGUGACUUAUGGGAUGACUACAGCAUUGUUGGCAAUCUCGCGUUCACAAAUGAUUACCCUCGAGCGGACAUUCAUGAACUAAUCACCCCCAACCUUUUACACCAGCUGAUAAAAGGUACAUUCAAGGAUCAUAUUGUCAAUUGGGUUGAGAAGUACUUGCUUCGAACGCAUGGGAAGACAGAGGCCAAUUCCACACCAUCGUUUGCUGGUCUCCGGUGUUUCCCUCAAGGUCGCGGAUUCAAACAGUGGACGGGCGAUGAUUCAAAGUUUCAAACAUUCUGUGCUUUCCUCAAGUUCUGUUACCUCGUCCGCCGGGACAUUAUCACCGAGAAGACACUCGAUGAAAUCCAAAAUGUGCUUGAUCAUUUUCACCAGUACCGAGAGAUUUUUACAACUUUCGUCAAAACAUUCUCGCUUCCCCAUCAACACUCACUUCAGCACUAUAUUCAUCUCAUUUGCCUUUUUGGCGCUCCAAAUGGUCUGUGCUCCUCCAUUACUGAAUCAAAACAUAUAAAAGCAGUCAAAGAACCAUGGCGGCGGUCAAAUCGGUAUAAGGCACUCAGUCAGAUGCUGGUCACUAACCAGUGCCUCGACAAACUUGCAGCGGCACGAACUGACUUUACGAAUUGUGGGAUGCUCAACAGGAUGUGUCUUUCAACGGCUAUUGAUGCACUAGACGGGGAUGUUGGGGAUGUCCAAAUAGACACCGGCCCAACUGUCAUCCAAGCACACGUGGAAUUGGCAAAGACGCCUCUCUCUGAAUUAGCAUUAGAGUUGUCAACUCCCCAACUCCUGAAUAUGUUGUCCCGCUUCCUUUUCGCCCAACUCAAUCCCAACAACCCACGUGAUCCUUUACAAGUUCCUCUCGCAAACUGUUCCCAAUAUGACGAGAGAAUCCAUAUUUUUAAUUUGGCAUGCUUGAGGUUUUUUGCCCCCAGCGAUCUCAGCGGCAUUGGUGGCAUGCACCGUGAGCAUAUUUGUGCAUGUCCAGCGUGGCAAAAGGAGUACCCACAUUAUGACUGCAUCUUCAUCAACAUGAAUCCGGACCUUGAGGGAAUGAGGGGUAUGGAUGUUGCUCAAGUACUGACCUUCUUCUCUUUUACUUACAGGGCUGAGACAUAUCCAUGCGCAGUUGUGCAAUGGUUUGACACCCUCGGAGAUUUACCUGACGAAGAUACUGGGAUGUGGGUGGUGCAGCCUGCUCACCAUGCCAACAACACUCCCAACAUCUCUGUCAUCCAUGUUGACUCAAUCUACCGCGCUGCUCACCUUAUUCCUGUCUAUGGUAGUCGAUUCAUUUCCCCCAACCUCUGGCACUACCAGACCUAUGAUUCCUUCCGCAAAUUUUAUGUUAACAAAUAUGCCAAUCAUCAUGCAUUUGAGAUCACGUCCUAA